CUCAGGGGCCCUUACCUACUUCAAAGGUAUAGGUGGGCUACAUAAAUGGAGGCACCGCUGGGAUUGUGUUGAGAUUAACUGGCAUAGCUUUACUCUAUUUGCUGUUUUUUAGGUUCCUACAGUCACGUUUAAAUCUCUAAAUUCCUUCUUAUAUUUCAUAUUCACAUUUACAUAUAUGAAACAUGGCAAACACACUAGUGGACAARCUGAAGAAGUGGAGUCGUGGGGAAGCACUUGAUGAGAAUCAUGCCCUGCUGACCGUUGUUCCUGAAAACACUGAAAUAGCAGUUAUUGAAGAGACAAUGCAAACUAUUAAGUGUCUUGGACGAGUAAGGGUCAGAGGUCGAAUUUGUAAUGACAACGACAACGAAGUGCUUGUACUUUGUGAAUGCAGAGAAAAAGUGACGGCAGAGAACGUUCCCCAGGAAGUGGCAGCACCAGAAGGACUGGCAGUCUGGCCAAUUAUUACUGCAUUUAAUAAACCUAUUCCUCAGGAUGACUUCAACAUUAAACUGAAUGCUCUCUUACAGGCAGAGGGGAAAACACUGAACGAUGUACAAGCUCUUUUCACUGACCCACAACCCACUCCAUCUCAUGAAGAGUCUCUCAUUCGGGCUGUUGCUAAUCUAAUAGACAAAACAAGCAAACCUACURCAGAUAGUGGAGGUUUUCGUCGCCUGCGCAUCUUUUCAGGUAUUAUACCUACUCCGGCUGGAGAGGAACAGUUUGAUCACUGGCUAGAGCAAGCUUUUCUGAUGGUUGAGGAAACAGAGGGCUCUGACAAAGACAAAAGGAGAAGGAUAAUGGAGAGUUUAAAAGGGCCAGCUCUGGAGGUGGUUAAAGCAAUACGCCUUUCAGAUCCUGAUGUUAAUCCAGUACAGUGCUUAGAGGCCCUCGAAAGUGCUUUUGGACUAGCUGAGUCCGGUGAUGACCUSUAUUUCUCUUUUAGACUUUUACAACAACAACUGGGUGAAAAGUUGUCAGACUUCCUCAGAAGGCUUGAGCGUGCACUGACUAAAGUUGUACAACGAGGUGGUCUGCCAGCCAACAAGAUGGACACAGCCAGAGUCGAUCAGCUACUUAAAGGGGCAGUAAAUGCUGAUUUAAUGUUGUUGCAGCUCAGACUGAGAGAAAGGCGAGCCAACCCUCCAACCUUCCUAGAGCUGUUAAAAGAGAUCCGGACAGAAGAGGAGUACGAAGCUUCCAAAGUAAAGCUUAAUCAGUCUGUCCACACUGUCCAUGCCAAAGUUCAGUCAGAAAACAAACWGUCUGAAAUACAAAAUCUGCGAGCAGAAAUAAAGGAAGUCAAGUCAAUGUUUGCAGCCCUUACAACUCAACCUCCACCUGAAGCGCAAGUUACUGAACAGCAUCCAGCUAAUACUGAGGC